CGACCGGCCCCGCUCUUCGGUGCAUGCCCGAACGCUUAGGCUGCUGCCAUGGUCACUUCAGUCGUCUCGUUCAUGUCCGUCGAAAGCACCCUCCAUCCUACCAAACAACUCGACGGCUCCAACUCGUCGAUUGCGACGGCGUCGACGGCCUCCAGUGAAUCGGCGGCGCCCACGUCGUUGCACGACGCAUUUCACCGCAGCAUCUCAGCGCCGACCGAGCGUCUACCAGCCCCCGAUCGCCGCUUCCAACGCAACGUCCUCCACCUCCGUGGCUCGUUGGACGAGUCGACAACCAACCUACACGCCACUUGCUUUGACACUAGCAACGAAGACGACGAGUGGGGCUGGUUCGAAGAUAUCGACGAUGUCCACGUCAUUCCUCCUCCGACGACCAAGUCCAAUGCGACGGAACCUUCGCGUCCUACGCAGUCGGUCCCGACCAGUCCGGACAUUCAAGCGCUGUACACGUCCGACAUUGUUCCUCAGCGCCAUGUCAUGAAGUCAUUUCCUCCGCUUGUGGACCUUUACUUUGAGCCUCCAUUUGCUUCCAGUGGCUUUUCGUGGCUUGCCCAUCUCAGCCCCCGACGACCCCAAGCCGCCCGCCUCGAAAUCCGAAGCUUUCGUAUCGUCGAAGAUGCCAACGGAUACGAUCGCCACGCCGAGUACUGCAUCCAAUGCUGGAUUGGCGAGGCCUACCACAGCGUGUGGAAGCGGUUUGCUGCAUUCAAGCGGUUUGCGUACACGCUGAAAAUGAACGGAUCCCGGCGCACUCUCCGCGCUUGGAGCGACGUGCUUGACCGGUCGUCGUGGUUCCGGUCGCUGGACGUGACGUAUCUGCACCAAAUGUGCUGCCACUUGGAGACUUUUGCGCAAGUGUUGCUGCUCGAGGCGCACACCCCGUACGACUUGGCUCGGUUCCUCGACGCGGCAUGACCACCGUCCGAUGUAAUUUAAUUCCAAUAUUUAUACAUAUUGCCCAAUCUGUCCA